AUGCAGGGAAUAAACACUGUGCGCCACGCAAGCACCAUGAAGAUCACCUCCCUGCUGAUAACUAACGCGAGGCUCAGGUGCACCGUCAGACUUGUGCUGCUGCUGUUUCAGUGGAUGGGGUGCUCUCACGGGAUGCCGCACGUCUUGAGAUUCGGAGGGAUAUUUGAGUCCAUCGAGAGUGGCCCAUCAGGUGCUGAGGAGCUAGCCUUCAAAUUUGCUUUAAACACAAUCAACAGGAACAGAACACUGCUGCCAAACACCACACUCACCUACGACAUCCAAAGGAUUAACAUCUAUGACAGCUUCGAGGCCUCCAGGAAAGCCUGUGACCAACUCUCCCUGGGGGUAGCAGCCAUCUUUGGUCCCUCUCACAGUUCUUCAGCGAAUGCUGUCCAGUCCAUUUGCAAUGCCUUGGGGGUGCCCCACAUUCAAACCAAGUGGAAGCACCAGGUGUCAGACAACAGGGAUGUCUUCUAUGUCAGCCUCUAUCCCGACUUCUCCUCUCUUAGCCGGGCCAUCCUGGACCUGGUGCACUUCUUCAAGUGGAAGACAGUCACUGUGGUUUAUGACGACAGCACAGGCCUGAUUCGACUGCAGGAGCUCAUAAAGGCCCCAUCCCGUUACAACAUCCGGCUAAAGAUUCGCCAGUUGCCUGCUGAGACGAAGGAUGCCAAGCCAUUGCUGAAGGAGAUGAAGAGGGGCAAGGAGUUCCACAUCAUCUUUGACUGCAGUCAUGAAAUGGCUGCUGGGAUCCUGAAGCAGGCACUUGCCAUGGGGAUGAUGACAGAAUAUUAUCACUACAUCUUCACCACACUGGAUCUGUUUGCGCUGGAUGUCGAGCCAUACCGAUACAGUGGUGUGAACAUGACGGGCUUCAGGAUCCUGAACACAGAGAACAGCCAGGUGGCCUCCAUCAUAGAGAAAUGGUCCAUGGAACGACUGCAGGCUCCACCCAAACCUGACUCUGGUCUACUGGACGGCUUCAUGACCACGGACGCAGCCCUGAUGUAUGAUGCAGUACAUGUGGUAGCCGUGGCUGUGCAGCAGUCUCAGCAGAUCACUGUCAGCUCAUUACAGUGCAACCGACACAAACCAUGGCGCUUUGGGAACCGCUUCAUGGCCCUCAUCAAAGAGGCUCACUGGGAUGGACUGACAGGGAGGAUCACUUUCAAUAGGACCAAUGGCUUGAGGACAGACUUUGACCUGGAUGUCAUCAGUCUGAAAGAGGAGGGUCUUGAGAAGAUUGGAACCUGGGACCCUCCUAGUGGCCUGAACAUGACAGAGAACCAGAAGGGAAAGACAGCCAACGUAUCAGAUUCCUUAUCCAACCGAUCGCUUGUUGUCUCCACCAUACUGGAGGAGCCCUACGUGAUGUUCAAAAAGUCCGACAAGCCGCUGUACGGGAACGACCGCUUUGAGGGCUACUGCAUAGACCUGCUGAGAGAGCUGGCUACCAUCCUGGGUUUUACGUACGAGGUGCGACUGGUUGAAGACGGGAAAUAUGGCGCCCAGGACGAAACCACGGGCCAGUGGAAUGGCAUGGUGAAGGAGCUCAUGGACCAUAGAGCUGAUCUGGCCGUGGCUCCCCUCGCCAUUACAUAUGUGCGCGAGAAGGUCAUCGACUUUUCCAAGCCCUUCAUGACGCUGGGGAUAAGUAUACUCUACCGCAAGCCCAACGGGACCAACCCUGGGGUCUUCUCCUUCCUCAACCCCCUCUCGCCCGAUAUCUGGAUGUAUAUUCUGCUGGCUUACUUGGGUGUCAGUUGUGUGCUGUUUGUCAUAGCCAGGUUUAGUCCCUACGAGUGGUAUAACCCCCACCCUUGCAACCCUGACUCGGAUGUAGUGGAAAACAAUUUCACCCUCCUAAAUAGUUUCUGGUUCGGAGUUGGAGCUCUCAUGCAGCAAGGCUCUGAGCUCAUGCCGAAAGCCCUCUCCACCAGAAUUGUAGGAGGUAUCUGGUGGUUUUUCACUCUCAUCAUCAUCUCCUCCUACACGGCUAACCUGGCGGCCUUCCUCACCGUGGAGAGGAUGGAGUCACCUAUCGACUCAGCUGACGACCUGGCCAAGCAGACCAAGAUUGAGUACGGGGUCGUAGAGGAUGGCUCCACCAUGACUUUUUUCAAGAAAACCAAGAUCUCCACAUAUGACAAGAUGUGGGAGUUUAUGAGCAGUCGCAGGCACACGGUGAUGGUGAAGAAUGUCGAGGAGGGCAUCCAUCGCGUGCUCACCUCCGACUACGCUUUCCUCAUGGAGUCUACCACCAUCGAGUUUGUCACCCAGCGCAACUGCAAUCUCACCCAGAUCGGAGGCCUCAUUGACUCCAAAGCUUAUGGUGUGGGCACCCCCAUGGGCUCUCCGUACAGAGAUAAGAUCACUAUUGCCAUCCUGCAGCUUCAGGAGGAAGGCAAGCUGCACAUGAUGAAGGAGAAGUGGUGGAGGGGGAAUGGCUGUCCGGAGGAGGAGAGCAAGGAGGCUAGCGCCCUAGGCGUGCAGAACAUCGGUGGGAUCUUCAUCGUCCUGGCUGCCGGACUUGUCCUCUCCGUGUUUGUAGCAGUUGGAGAGUUCCUCUACAAGUCCAAACAGAACGCACAACUUGAAAAGAGGUCCUUCUGCAGCGCCAUGGUGGACGAGUUGCGGGUGUCCCUCAAGUGCCAGCGUCGGCUUAAGCACAAGCCCCAGCCGCCCGUCAUGGUCAAAACAGAGGAAGUUAUCAACAUGCACACCUUUAACGACCGCAGACUGCCAGGGAAAGAGACCAUGGCCUAA